AUGGUGUUUUUAAGAUUUCGGUUAUUUUUUCAAUUUUGUUUACACUGUAUUUAUACUUUUAAGUUGUAUGUUUAUUUAUUUCGCCUACGUUUGAUUUAUAAGAUUCAAAAUUAUUUUUUGACUUCAAACGCAAGUCACAUUUUGAAUAAUGGUGGUAUGAAGCCAAUGACAACUACUAUGGUUAUUAUACUAUGUAACUAUAUUGAUAUGGUUGAAUAUUUAUUUCAUAAUUUGGACCACAAUCAAUUAUUAAAUAAAAGCAAAUACAUGGAAGAAUUACCAAAAAUCAUGAAGAAAUAUUAUUAUAAAGGAAAAGUUGACAAAUCUUGGCUUAUUACAGUUAACUCAAAUCAUUCCUUUCCACAAGUUGUUGGUUUACUUCUAUGGCUUGUAGAAUUGUGUGAAACUCAAAGUAAUUUCAAUGUUAUGGAAACUUUAUAUCCGUCAAAUUUUGAUCUAGAUGAGGCUGAAAAUGAAGAUCAUUUACAAACACUAGAAUUUGAGAUAUACUUACCAUAUUUAUUAAACUCUUAUCAAGUUGAAAGUAGAGGAACUGGUAAACCUGCUGAUAUAGAAUUUUUGCAAAAACAAGAAGAGCUGUUACUGAAUAAUUAUAAAAAAACCCUUGCCAUUGAUGAAGGAGUAUUAACUAAAUUAGAAGCUGAAGUGUCUGAAUUUAAAGAUGAAUUUGAUUCACUAUGUGAUGCUACGGAAGAACAUAAGUUGGAGGAUCUUAAAGCUAUGAAAAUUACAUUACAUAAUGAUAUAUCUUCUUCAAAAAAAUACAUCAAAGAUAUACAAAAUUGUGUUGUUGAGUUGCAAGAAUAUAUAAUAAAGAAAAAAGAUGAAUGUUCUUAUCAAGGUAUUUAAUGUUAAGACAUUUAAAAUUAUUUAAACGAAGAAUUGAAUGUGGUUAAUAGUUGUAUUAAUGGACCGCAAAUUACUCAAGAAGAUAAAAAAAGAAUCUAAGAAGAAAUAAUUAGUUUAAAACAAGAUAUACAGUAUGAAGAAAAUUGUUUAACUGAAUACUCAAAUAUUGUUUAUUCUGAGGAUUUGAAUGUUGUUAAUGUUCGAUUAAAGCUUGAUAAAUUAUUCGUUCAGUACAAUAAGAUGUGCGCUGAAAAUUUUGUUGCGUUGCCUGAACAAAAUACAGUAGCUGACAAAAAUGUACUCUCUAUGUAUGUAACAGAGUAUCUAAAAGAAGUUGAUGAAGUACUAUAAAGCUAAAAAAACAAAAAUUCCUAAAAGUUGAAAGUAGAAGAACAGAAGUUAGCUUCUGUACAAAUGGUAUUAGAAUCGGCAACCCUGGAGUUUCAUAAAUUAAUAGUGGAAAACAUUGAACCUGAACAUGAUGAUGAAAAACAUUUAAUGAAGAUUGCAGAUCGUCAGUUUGAAAUAAGUAAAGAGUAUGAAAAUAAGUUGUAUGAGCUUCAAACAGAACUUAAAAAUAGUAAUCUUGAUAAAAAUGCGGUUGCAGUCAAAACAGAAGAAAAAAAUAAACUUUGUAAAAUGAUUGAUGAAAUGGAAAAAGAAAAGGAAAACUUUUUCAUAAAAAUAUUUAACUCUUUGAAAGAUCAUGUAAGAGUUAUAGAGGAGACUAAGGAAUUUGCCAAGAAUUUGUUACUACAAGAAAAGGAAGAAAUGAAAAGUAUCAGAGAAAAUUAUUUAAAUACUAAUAAUAAUUCGUAAUUCGUAAUUAAGUUUUAUAUUAUUAAUUAUUAAUAAAUUAAUAUUAAUAAUAAUAACUGCAACACAACUAUAUUUUCAGAGUACAUUUAAGUUAUUUCGACAGUCAUAUUUUUUUAUAUAUCACCCAUGUUUUAUAAUCUCUUGUUAAUGUUUUAUUUAGUUUGGUUAAAUUUACUCAUGUUUCUACUCGUAUUUUAUAUUUUUUAUUCAUUGGUAUUUAAUCACGCCUUUCAGAAGUUGUAUAUUAUUUAAAUUAUAUCAAUAAUAGUUUUCGUGAGGUAAAUAUCUCAACUCUUAUUAUAUCCUGACGAGAAUACAAGUAUACUGUAUACAAAGGUGGACUCAACUUUUGUACGGCUAUAGACACUAAAAAUUUGCUGCUCCAAUUAUUAAAUAUAAUAGUACCUUGAUAUUGAUGAUUGCCGGCUGACUCCGCGGCUUUAAAUUCAAUCGGCAUUUUACGCAGUCGAUAUGCGUAGACGGAAGUCGCUGUCCCAUAUUGCCCAUCACGCAAGUUCGCAGUUCAGGAGUAUGUAUUAAUCGUAUUCCGUCUUUCUUCCCCAUCACUAGGGAGUGUUUAAAUAUCGCUAUCCCCAACCUGCCGACCCGAUCUAGUUGUGAGAACCGGCGCACAGUGGUCCGAAAAUGAAAAUAGCCAAAAAUGAUUUUUUUGAAUUUCAAAAAAUUCAAAUUUUUCUUUUGUAGGUAUAUAUUUUCUACAGAACUUAAAGUAUACAACUGUACAACAAUAAUGGCAUAACGUAUUUAUAUUCAUGGAAAAAUAAAACAUUUAAGUUGAAGAAGCUUUAAUUGUUCGCGCAAACAUUUUCAAACGAUAAACUUUGUCGUACACCGACCGGUUUGACCAGUGGCGUGGAUAUAUGGUUCUUUCGAGAACAUUCUAUAACCACCUUUAUUAUUAUGGUCGGACCGGAAAAAAUCCACUUUGUCGCCGAAAUGCUAUCGACAUUCGGAUGCUGAGAACCAGUAACAGUUUGCUGUACACAGGAUUGCUGGCUCUAUCCGUGAACGAAUUACAUUUUGCUGUCGAAGAAGUCGACCAUCGGCUCUAAUGUUCGUCGCACGUGCUAAGCGCGGUCGCGUGUGCGCAACCAAUCGAACACCCAGCCGCCUAAAGUUACUAUCGUCGCACCUUGUAACGUGUGGCGUCUUGAUUUUAUUAUAUCGCCUUUUUUUUUGUGCCAUAUUUUAGUAAAUUAUCGUGCCGUAAUGGCUUA